AUAGCGUCCCCAUGACUCACCUCAAUGCACGGAAUCGAUUGAUGAAGGUGAUUUUUUGGCGGCUUGUAUGUGCUGGUGAUAUCAGCAUUAAAAUAUGUUUUGAAAAAGGAAACAAAACAGCCUCUGAAAUGCAUGCAACUGCAAGCCAUAGUGAAAGCCAACAUAGCAAUUUGUUCAGGGUUGAGGGAAGUGCAGAGCCACUCUGCUGCUGUGAAUAUGUUAACAUUGAAGGGGAAAAGUCACAUAUUCUUGCAGUCUGCUGUGAUUGUGAAGCAGUUGAUGACACAUGUGACAGGUGGAUCAAGCGCCUUUCAGUUCCUGAGUCCAACUACGACCGAAUCCAGGCAACAGUAGCAGACAGAUUAAGAAUACCAUGGUUUGGUGGUGCCAGACCAUGCUCAUGGGAGCUGCUUGUUUCCAUCAUCUCUACACCCCUGUUGAUGCUUCUUUCCACUCUCAGCACAGCUGCAUUAUACGUUUGCAUUUUGUGUCUCCCAGGCAUACUUGUAUUGUCUCGUAUGACUUUGCGUCACCAACCAAGAACACAGUUCUACUAUUUGUGGAUACUGUCAUCCUUUUUCACAUUGUUGGCAGCUUUUGAAAUGAUUGUAGCUCCUAUGUCAACAGUAACUGUUAAUGACCAUCUGGCAUUUGCAAUUCUCCUUUCCAUGGCUCUCACUUGCUGGACAGUUUGCCCCACAGGUACCCGCGUGAGAACAAAUCGUGGCUUCUGUGCUCUGCAAAAGAGGGCACCUCUGUCAGCGCCUCUCAAAGAUGGGGAGUGGUUCUGCGAGCCGUGCGCGUCGCCCCGACCGUGGCGGGCCUUUCACUGUUCAAUCUGUGGUCGUUGCGUUCAACUUCGGGACCACCAUUGUGUGUGGCUCGACUGCUGCGUGGGCGGCGCCAACCAGCGGCCGUUCGUAGCCGGCCUGCUGUGCGUAACGCUGGCACUGGUGCUAGCCGCACAGCUAACGCUGACCUCCGUCUGCCGCUGCCGGUCGCUGCGUGAGUGCCUGCCGCUGCUGCCCGCCAGCUGCCGGCCGCCGGCCGCCAGGUAACAGACUUACGAUCGGAUGGCAGCUAAGCAGCGACGUGUGAUGUCUGUGAUGAUAAAAAGCUUUUGAAUUUCGUUACAUACGACCCGUCCAUGUAGGUGUUUAGUCGACUCAGCCAGUGUACUGCGUAGUCCUAUACAGCCAGCCUCCCGGUUUAC